AUGGCUCGGUUAUCAGCAAUGCCUGGCCAGGAGGCAAAGGAGAGCGGCAAUGCAGCCUUCAAGUCGGGACACUAUGCAGAAGCGAUCGGACACUACAGUCGGGCAAUCCAUGCGGAUCCCAGAGACGCGAGCUUCCGGAGCAACAGGGCUUUUGCCUAUCUCAAGCUUGAAAAGUACGAAGAUGCCCAGCGAGAUGCGAGCGCUGCACUCGCUCUCGACCCUACGCCUUCUCUGCGGUCGAAGCUCCUGUUUCGUCGUGCCGUAGCGCGCAGACAGCUCGGCCGCUUUGAUGAAGCUCGACAGGAUCUGGACGCAGCUCGCGAUAUCGAACCAACAAAUGCCUCGAUAGAUGCAGAAUUGGCCCAGCUGCACACUGCGAUAGAGCAAGCCGACGAGGCGCAAGCAAAACGCAGAGAGCGUGUAAAGACGUUGCAGACCGCCGCACCGAAUCUCAGGCCAGCAGUCUCUGCUCCAUCGGAGCCAGAACUCAUGCAGGCUGUUUCCACUCGACGCCUGAACGAGCAGUCAGCAAAGCCUGCCGUCAUAUCAGGUCCAUCAGCACCAGCAUCGUCAUACGCGAACCUGAGAUCGACGCGUGAGAGCAAGCGGCAGCCAUAUCAACUGCCUAGAUCUACGUCCGACACAGCUCAGCCGCCGUCGCGUCCGCGCGUCGCACCUACGACUGCUCUAGAGUUCGAGCAGAGAUGGCAUGAGAGCGUAGAGGAAAGGGACGAUCUACUUAGAAGUGUCGAGCCUCUGCGUCUGCCAACCGUGUUCGGAGCUAGUCUGUCUCCCGAGCUGCUUUCCGGCAUCAUCGCGAGGCUGAGAGGCUGGCCGCAGGAGGACGCCAGGCCAUAUGCUCGUGCGCUCGAGGCCAUACCGAGGUUCGACUUUGUGUCCCUACUGCUCAUGGACGAGGAGCUCGACGCUUUGCAAUCGCUCACGACGUAG